UCGCUACGGUGCGUUCGACGUACGAAGACCUUUUUUAAGAAGAUUGACCAUGCCACCAAAGGCUAGCGGCAAAGCGGUGAAAAAAGCCGGAAAGGCUCAAAAGAACAUCAGCAAGACCGACAAGAAAAAGAAGAGGAAGAGGAAGGAGAGCUAUGCGAUCUACAUUUACAAGGUGUUGAAGCAAGUUCAUCCCGACACUGGAAUCUCCAGCAAGGCUAUGAGCAUUAUGAACAGCUUUGUUAACGACGUUUUCGAGCGCAUCGCCGCCGAGGCGUCGCGACUGGCUCAUUACAAUAAGCGCUCUACGAUCACGUCUCGGGAAAUCCAAACUGCCGUGAGGCUUCUUCUACCUGGCGAGUUGGCGAAGCAUGCCGUUAGUGAAGGAACAAAGGCGGUCACCAAGUACACGAGCUCCAAGUGAAUUAUCAUUAAAGAAACGGCCCUUUUCAGGGCCACCCAUUAUCUCGUAACAAUGGAUAUUCUCUUGGUUGGAAAAAUUUAU